AGACAAUUCUAGAUUUCUUCUCGCUGAAUCGCUCGUCUGUUCCAAUUCUUCAAUGGCAAUUCCCAUGUUGAGAUUAGAUCGCCAAACGAAGAGAGUUUUUCAAGUGAUGCGGGUCUUGCUCUGGGUGACAAUGUUGGUGCGACGGAGUGAAGCAUUCGAGUUCAGAGUUGGAGAUGCCGGCGGUUGGACCGUCCCUACUGAUUCCAGUGCAAAUGCUUUGAAUCAGUGGGCAGAAAGAAACCGUUUCCAAAUUGGAGACUCUCUAGUCUUCGACUACACGCCUGGCCAAGACUCAGUGCUAUAUGUGAACCAAAACGACUACAACAACUGCAAUGACGCGUCGCCUAUCGCCAAAUAUGUCGAUGGCCACACCGUGUUCAAGUUCAACCAAUCAGGACCAAUUUACUUCAUCAGUGGGAAUAAAGACAACUGCCAAAAGAAUGAGAAGAUGGUGGUUGUUGUGAUGGCUGAUAGGAGCAACAAAACUGGUGGCGCAGUUGCAUCAUCCCCAUCGGGACAUAACGGCACUGCCCGAUCCCCGGCACCUUCUGGCGAGGAGUCUCCUUCUCCACCGGCUGGUUCGGAAGAGAUAAAUCCAACUCCGGCUCCCGUUAGUGAAACCCCAAAGAAAGAAGAUGAUGGUACUUGGGUAUUCACCGGUUACACGCCUGGUUAGGUGUUUGUUAUUGUUAAAUUUUGUUUCGAAGCAUUUGUAAAACGCGAUCUGCUUGAAUAAAAAUUUUGUAUGAUUUGAUCGUGAAGAUAUUUUUCUGAUUAAGAUAA